AUGGUGAAAAAGGGAUCUUCCAUUACCAAGAUAGCUUUCCUUUGUUUGUUUAUAACAACAACGAUGAUGUUUGUGUUAAGUUUAAGAGGUCGCCCUGGUCUCUUUGAUCAUAAAACCAUGCCCCGAGAAGCUUCUUCUGUCUUCAACAAUGGCGAUUCUCAAACAUCUAAUCGGAAAUGCGAAUCUUCAAACGGAUCAAACCGAGCAAUUCUCGCAAACAGUGAGAAACAACGUGUGGAAGAAGGAGGGUUCCAAGUGAGUUGCAAUAGGAAUUUGAAAGAACCAUUGAAAAUUUUCUUGUAUGAUUUAGACCCAGAGUUUCACUUCAGAUUGUUGGACUGGAAACCACAAGGAAACAGUGUUUGGCCUGAUAUUAGAACAAAAAUUCCAUCAUAUCCAGGGGGAUUGAAUUUACAACACAAGAUAGAAUCUUGGCUAACAUUGGACCUCUUAGCUUCAAAAUUUUCCGAGAAUCCAAAGCGAGAAGCCAUCAGAGUGAAAAAUUCCAGCGAGGUUGAUCUCAUAUUCGUGCCAUUCUUUUCAUCACUGAGUUACAACCGGUUCAAGUUGAGUCCCCAUCAAAAGAAGAGCAAGAACUAGGAACUACAAGAGAAAUUGGUGAAGUUUGUGAUGAGUCAAAAGGAAUGGAAGCAUGUGGUUUUGGCUCAUCAUCCCAAUAGCAUGCUUAACGCUAGGAUGCAACUAUGGCCUGCAAUUUUCAUACUUUCGGAUUUCGGAAGGUAUCCAAUCAAUGUAGCCAAUCUUGACAAAGAUGUGAUUGCGCCUUACAAGCAUGUACUCAAAAGUUACAUUAAUGAUUCCUCUGACUUUGAUAGCCGCAAAACUUUGCUAUACUUCCAAGGUGCUAUUUACAGGAAAAACAUAAGUGGUGGAUUUGCUAGACAAGAGUUAUAUUAUCUUCUAAAAGAUGAAAAAGAUGUGCAUUUCUCAUUUGGAAGUGUUCAGCGUAAUGGAAUUCGUCAAGCAAGCCAAGGGAUGCAUUCAUCCAAAUUCUGCCUAAACAUUGCUGGCGACACUCCAUCAUCGAGCCGUCUAUUUGACGCCAUUGCUAGCCAUUGUGUUCCAGUCAUUAUCAGCGAUGAGAUCGAGCUCCCUUACGAAGACAUUCUCGACUACACCGAAUUCUGCAUAUUCAUCCGUACUUCGGAUGCAGUAAAAAAGGGGUUCCUCAUAAAUCGAAUUCGGAGCAUCACGAAGGACAAAUGGGCUCAGAUGUGGGAGAAAUUGAAACAAGUUGAGCCUUUAUUUGAAUUUCAAUAUCCAUCAAAGGAAGGGGAUGCGGUUCAAAUGAUAUGGCAGUCGUUGUCUCACAAGGUUUCUAGUGUUAAGAUGAAAAUAAACAAGUCUAAGAGGUACUCUCGUUUUGUUCCUCGCAAAAGGAGAGGACUAAGAACCCGCACCAAAUAACUUCUAGUGGAAUGCAGCAAUCGGGUGAGU